AUGUCAGAUUAUCCCGCCCUAGCAAACCACCGUCUCAACGAGUCAGCGACUAACCAUGAUGUUGCCGCGCAAGACCUUAGCCACGAUGGCCAACUCAAUGCAGGUCUCAAUGACGAUAUCCCCGAAGAGCAUGUCCUCGCACUUUAUAUCGGCUCACCGUGCUCACCUCAUAUCCACAGGGACCUCGUCAAUCGUCUCAUUCGGGACAACCAAGACCUUUGGAACCAAUUGCUUCACAAUGAUUUCGUCGAGAACAUGCGUGUUGCAAGCGCAGACAACCAGUCCGUUCUCGAUGGUUUCAAAUGGUACAUGAUCCAAGACUUCUUCUACUGCGUGCAACUCAUAGCAUACAAUGCCGAUCGCGCAGCAAAAGCCCCCAACCCAACGAUAUACGGGAAAUUGACCAGGACUCUCAACAACACACUGACGCAAUGGGCUCCUAACGCCCUCCAAACCUGUACCGAUGCUGAUAAGCUGAACAUCCCAGACACAGUCGUCUUCGCUGCCAAGCGGGAAAAGGCGACUGAAAGGUACACAAAGUUCAUCUCUGACACUGCGGAGGAUGAGAACUGGGUCGUCUCUUUGCUCGCUCAAGUCCCUGGCAUUCAGGUUCGUGAGGGGUAUCCUACAUGA